UACUCACUCAACGUCAAUUUUCAACAGGUAUUCAACGACGACGACAACAACAACAACAACAAAUUGUCUUUUUUCGUGUUCAAUAGAAAAAAGUGGCCAAGAAUUUGUUUAUAUGUAUUUGCUGUAUAGCUGCGCGUGUAUGUGUCUGUGAGUGUCUGUGACUGUGUUUGCGAAGUCAACUAGAAUAUUUGCGAAGCGAUUUGUGUGAAAAGUGAAAACAAGUGGGAAAAGCGCCGCAAAGUAUUCAACGCUUCCAGUGGAUUACCAACUGAAUAUCAAAGCAGAGCUUACUCCUCGCCAGGCAGCAACUGCGGUCAGCAGCAACUAGAACAAGGCACAGUUCACCUCCAAUUUUCUAAUCGAUUGCAUUCAGCAAACUGAGUGCGUAGCGAUGCCGGCGGAAACUAAAGCAUCCGCGCCAGCGGAACCGGAAACACCGACCAAGAGCAAAGGGAAGAGCAGCUCAUCGACCUUUUCAAAGGCCGCAUUGGCGCGCGUCACACUGCUCGAUGGCUCCAUACUGGACGUAACCAUUGACCGCAAAGCCAAAGGUCGCGACCUGGUCAACUCCAUUUGUGCCGGCCUAAACAUCAUUGAGAAGGACUACUUUGGCCUGACCUAUGAAACGCCCACCGAUCCGCGUGUGUGGCUGGACUUGGAGAAACCCGUUGCGAAGUUCUUUCGCACGGAUCCCUGGCCACUCGCAUUCGCCGUCAAGUUCUAUCCACCGGAGCCCUCGCAGCUCCAGGAGGACAUCACGCGCUACCAUCUGUGCCUGCAAGUGCGCAAUGACAUCCUGGAGGGUCGUCUGCCCUGCACCUUUGUCACGCACGCCCUGCUCGGCUCGUACCUAGUGCAGUCGGAGAUGGGCGACUACGAUCCCAAGGAAAUGCCAACUCGUGCCUAUCUGAAGGACUUUAAAAUCGCACCCAAUCAGACCUCAGAGCUCGAGGAGAAGGUCAUGGAUCUGCACAAGACUCACAAAGGUCAAUCGCCCGCAGAGGCCGAGCUCCACUAUCUGGAGAAUGCCAAGAAGCUGGCCAUGUAUGGCGUGGACCUGCAUCCCGCCAAGGACUCUGAGGGCGUGGACAUUAUGCUGGGUGUGUGUGCGUCCGGCUUGUUGGUUUAUCGCGAUAAAUUGCGCAUCAACCGUUUCGCUUGGCCAAAGAUCUUGAAGAUCUCGUAUAAGCGUCAUCAUUUCUACAUCAAGAUACGACCGGGCGAAUUCGAGCAAUACGAAUCCACCAUCGGUUUUAAGCUUGCUAACCAUCGUGCCGCCAAGAAGCUGUGGAAGUCCUGCGUGGAGCAUCACACCUUCUUCCGUCUAAUGACGCCAGAGCCCAACACCAGGUCCACUCUAUUUCCACGUUUCGGCUCCAAGUACCGCUUCUCGGGUCGCACCCACUACGAGAGCAAGGCCACACCCGUCGACCGUACGGCGCCCAAGUUCGAUCGGGCUCUGUCCGGGGCACGUCUCUCCUCUCGCAGCAUGGAUGCUCUGGCCAUGGCUGAAAAGGAGAAGGUGGCCCGCAAGAGCAACACCUUGGAUCACCGUGGAGAUCGCAGCUUGGACACGGAUCCGCUCAGCCGCAGCCCCAUCAAGAACAAGAAGGACAAGGAUGAGGAGAAGGAGGCCAAGUUGCGCGAGAAAAAGCAGCGAGAGAAAGAGGAAAAGGAGCGCAAAGAGAGGGAGAAGCGCGAACAAAAAGAACGCGAAAAGGCCGAGAAGGCGGCUAAGGCAGCAGCUGCCGCUGCCGCUGCCGCUGCCGCAGCUGGCAUCAAUGGCAAUGAGGAUCCCAAUGACUCUAAAAAGUCAGAUACAUCUGGCAGGCGUGGUGUUGGUAUAUUCUCGUCGGGUCGCAAGAGCAAGAGCGGUUCACCGUCCAAGGAUGGCAAGGAUAAGUCCGGCAAGGACAAGGAUAAGGAAAUGGGAACUCUCGGUUUGGUCGUUACCUCGGGUCUGGGCGAGCAGGAGCAAGACGAUGCCAAUCGAGGGGCGAACAAGAACCGUGGCUCCACCACACCCGGCGUUACCCGUCCCUACGAGUACGCCGUGGAUGCUGAGGGCAAUGCCAGUAGCCCAACGCGUAAAUCAUACACGCCUGGCGGCUUCCGCUACGACCAGGAUCCGAAUAGUGGCAAGCAACUAGGUCCCGAUGGUCAAGAGCAGCUGUCGCCGACGUCGCAGCAAAAGAAGAUCGGCCUGGCCUUCAACUAUGCGCCAGGCAAUGACAAUGCUCUCAAGGAGACGGCCGAGAAGAUCAAGUCCGGUCAACUGUCUCCUCGCACUCGGGAUAAGCUAAACCGUGGCCAACUCUCGCCCAAGUCCAGAGCGAAGCUGCUGCAGGAUGGCAGCCUCUCGCCCACCACUCGCGCCAAGCUGCAAGGCAGCGCUGUGGAUGCCGCUGCAGUGCCACUGAGCGAUGGCCAGAAACGCUCCUACUCCCCCACCAAGGGUCAGCAGGGCCAGCAAGGCUAUGCAUCGGGUGCGCCCGGCAGCUACAAGCCCAUCAUUGAUCCCACUGCCGAGUUCCUUGAAUCACAGCGCUAUAAUAAGGAGCCCGCAUAUGUGGGCGUUGCAGCUGGUGCUGCUGCAGCUGGUGCUAAGCCUGGUUCGCCCAAGAAAGCUGCAACGGGAGCUCGUGCUAGUGCAGGUCCUGGUGCAGCUGGUGCAGCGGCUGCAGCUGCUGCUGCCAAGCCCAAGAAGAAGCGCGUUAAGAUUAUGGUCAUUACCUCCAAGUUCGAUCCAACGACCAAGCGCAUUGAUGCCGAGAAUGGCACAAUUGAGCACUCGACGGGCAUCCUUGACCCUGCCACAGGUCGCAUUGAUACUAAGUACGGCGUAAUUGAUCCGCAGAACGGCACUUUGGAGGCUUUGAAUACACAGACAGGCAAAAAGGAGCUGUACCAGGGCGAUGUGGAUCCAAAGACGGGCAAUUUGCAUUUGAUAACCGGUGUCUCAGAUCCUAAGACCGGCCGCAUCGAUAGCUCGUUGGGUCAGAUUGUGUGCAUAACGCCACAGGAUAAUCCAGUCGUUGAGCUGACGGUCAUUACAAGCCGCAUUGAUCCUGCAACGGGCAAGAUCGAUACCGUUAAUGGUGAGGUCGAACGCUCGCUGGGCGUCUUGAACUUGAACACUGGCUUGCUGGAUACGAAAUACGGUGAGAUUGACACACGCAAGGGUGAGCUGAAGGCCUACGAUCCGAAGCAUGGCAAAAUUGUGGUCACCAAGAAUGUCAAGGUUGACCCUGGCACUGGUCAAAUCACCAUCUUGGGCGUAAUUGAUCCGAAAACCAAUAAGAUUGAUCCCAAUCAGGGUCGCAUCAUUGAGGUUGGCCAGCAAAUUGAUCCAAUCGUUGAGGUUACAUCUCUGGCUGGCAAAUUCGAUUCCAAGAAGAACAUUAUCGAUCCCAAGACAGCUCAAGUGGAGACAUCUGGCGGCCAGUUCGAUCCAAAGGCGGGCAAGAUUGACACCAAGUACGGUCAAAUCGAUUUGGUUAAGCACACAAUCACCUUCACCGAUCCCAAGUCCGGCAAGUCGGUGACGCGAGACAUUAAAAUCGAGCCGACCACCGGACAAAUCGUGCUUAAGAACCAAGUCAACCCCAAGAACAACAAGCCAGACAAGGAUUAUGCACGCAUCAUUUCGCUGCGCAUUGUCCAGCAACGCGUGGACCCGGUGACAAAGGCACCCAUCACAGAGGUCAGCGCCGCCAAGGACAAGGACAUUGUCGUUGAUCCCAAAUCGAACCAGAUCUGGGUGCCGACCGGGGCCAAUGAUCCCAGCACUAAGGAACUGCAAUAUAUUUCCAGCAGCGUGGAUCCCAAGACGGGCUAUGUCAUCACCAUCUAUGGCUAUCUCGAUCCCAAGACCCACGAGGUCAAGAAACAGACCAAACUCGAUCCCAACACCAUCAAAAUCGAGCCGACGUCCGGCAAGAUCUACACGGCUACAGGUGAAACGGACACGGCAACCGGUGAACCGCUUUACGCUGCCACUCAAGUGGAUCCGGAGUCCGGCGAGGUUUACACCAAGCUGGCUCGCGUCGAUCCCAAGACUGGCAAAAUUGUUAUUGUACGCAUUUUGCUGAUGACCAAGACAGACGAACGCGGUCGCCCCGAGGAAGUUGAUCCAGAGAAUUGCGAAAUCGAUCCGGUUUCGGGUCGUGUUCUUAAGUUCUUCAACAAAACCGUUUAUGUUUAUAAUAUGAUUGAUCCGAUAACUGGUGAAACUGUGCAGGUUGAUCCCAAUGAUCCACGCUUCGCGGGCGCCCGGACCACAGUGACCCACACGAUGACGCUGACUGGAGAGAUUGAUCCGGUGACGGGACGCAUCAAGAGCGAGUACGGCGACAUAGAUCCCAACACGGGCGACAUAGAUCCCGCCACAGCUGUCACCGAUCCGGUCACCGGCAAGCUGAUACUCAACUACUCACAGAUCAAUCCCGCACACUUUGGCAAACAGGCCCAGGUGCAGACAACCACAGAGACGGUGCCGAUCACACGCCAGCAGUUCUUCGAUGGGGUCAAGCACAUUGGCAAGAGUGCACUGCGUCGCGACUCCGAGGGCAGCUCCGACGACGACAUGACCCAGCAGUAUGGCACUGAUAAUGUCAACGACAUCGUGCUGAGCUCACCGAACCAAGCUGGCGCCACCGGCGGCAAGCUGGGCAAGCAAGUGAGCACACCCACGGUGGUGAAGACGACAACGAAGCAGGUGCUGACCAAGAACGACGGCGGCGUCACACACAACGUAGAGGAGGAGGUGCGCAAUCUGGGCACCGGCGAGGUGACCUACUCGACGCAGGAACACAAGGCUGAUGCAACACCUACCGAUCUGAGUGGCGCCUAUGUCACGGCCACUGCAGUCACCACCCGCACAGCAACCACGCACGAGGAUCUGGGCAAGAACGCGAAGACGGAGCAGCUGGAAGAGAAGACCGUAGCUACCACCCGCACCCUAGAUCCCAACAACCAGCAGCAGCGCGUCGUCACCCAGGAGGUGAAGACGACGGCAACGGUAACCAGCGGCGAUCAGUAUCAGAGGCGCGACAGUGUGUCAUCGACCAGCUCCGGCGACUCCGGCACACCCAUCGAUGGGCCAUACGAUGGUUCCAGCGUGGUGCGCACUGACACUCAGAAAUCUCCGCUAUAUGCAAGCUCGGCAACCGCCUCCACUGGCCCGCACGUUGAAAGCACCCGAGUGGUGCUCGGCGAGGAUUCGCCCGGCUACUCAGGACAUGGCGAGAUCAUCUCUACGCAAACCGUGAGCAGUAAAACCCGCACCGUCGAAACGAUUACCUACAAAACCGAACGCGAUGGCAUUGUUGAAACCCGUGUGGAGCAGAAGAUAACCAUUCAAUCCGAUGGCGACCCAAUCGAUCAUGACAAAGCCCUGGCUGAGGCAAUACAAGAAGCGACGGCCAUGAAUCCAGACAUGACAGUCGAGAAGAUUGAAAUUCAACAGCAAACGCAGUAGAUUUUAUAAUUACUUUUAAACAAUUACGAUGUAAAACCCGCACAGCUUCAAUUCACACACCCACACACACGCACACCACCACCACCACCAACAACAACAACACAACAUAAACAAUCAACAAAUCAAAAUACACGCAGCACAUCCAGUACACCUUUUAUACAACCUACCUAUACAUAUACAAAUAGGAUUAUAGAAACUGAAUUCAAUAUUUUCUAUAUAUACAUAGAGAGACAGAGGGAGCUAUCCAUAACAAUUCAAGCCCAUAUAUUGUAUGUUUAUAAUUUUUUUAAUUACAAAAAACUGUUGUUUAUAACUACCUUUUAUUAUUAUGUAUGUCUAACAGAGUGUAAUGCUUCGAAGCAUCAUUAAAGUAUAUUGAAUGUGCAAACGCGAAAAACGUUAAAAGAGAAAA